ACCAUGUCCUCCGCCAGGUUCGACUCCUCAGACCGCUCGGCCUGGUAUAUGGGGCCCGUGUCUCGCCAGGAGGCGCAGACCCGGCUCCAGGGCCAGCGCCACGGAAUGUUUCUGGUCCGCGAUUCGUCCACCUGCCCCGGCGACUACGUGCUGUCGGUAUCCGAGAACUCGCGGGUGUCCCACUACAUCAUCAACUCGCUGCCCAACCGCCGCUUCAAGAUCGGGGACCAGGAGUUCGACCACCUGCCGGCCCUGCUGGAGUUCUACAAGAUCCACUACCUGGACACCACCACCCUCAUCGAGCCAGCGCCCAGGUAUCCAAGCCCACCAGUGGGCUCUGUGUCAGCACCCAACCUGCCCACAGCGGAAGAAAAUCUGGAGUAUGUACGGACUCUCUAUGAUUUUCCUGGGAAUGAUGCCGAAGACCUGCCCUUUAAAAAGGGUGAGAUCUUGGUGAUAAUAGAGAAGCCAGAAGAACAGUGGUGGAGUGCCCGGAACAAGGAGGGCCGGGUCGGGAUGAUCCCUGUCCCUUAUGUGGAAAAGCUCGUGAGGUCCUCACCACUUGGAAAGCAUGGGAAUAGGAAUUCCAACAGUUACGGAAUCCCAGAACCUGCUCACGCGUAUGCUCAGCCUCAGACCACAGCUCCUCUGCCUGCCGUUCCCAGUACUCCUGGGGUGACGGUCAACCCUCUGCCAUCCACGCAGAAUGGACCUGUCUUUGCAAAAGCAAUCCAGAAAAGAGUGCCCUGUGCAUAUGACAAGACCGCCUUGGCAUUAGAGGUCGGUGACAUCGUCAAAGUCACACGGAUGAACAUAAACGGCCAGUGGGAAGGUGAGGUGAACGGGCGCAAAGGGCUCUUCCCCUUCACACACGUCAAAAUCAUCGACCCCCAGAACCCUGAUGAGAAUGAGUGACGCCACCGCCCCAGCCUGCUGCUUUGUUGUCCUGCUUUCCUUGGAGGUGGGAAAGUGUCCUCGCGGCAGGCCACGCACUGCCAUCAUCCAGCUUCUGCAGCGGGUAGCUUCACACACAUUGGAAUGCUCACGGUGGCUGCCCAGCAUCUUGUAUCAUAGUCGUGUUGUCAGUAGACGAUUCUAGAGUUCUUUGGAUCUGAACUGGAAACACUGGUGGAGGCACACAAGUGAGAGAGGGGGGUGAGGACAGGGCUUCCUUCUGGCUAGUGCCCUGCCUGUCCCUGGGGCUGACCACCCGUCCUGCACGAGCUCAAGCCUGUGGCCAGCAUUGCCCCCUGUGAGCCAUGGCACAGGGCCCAGUCGCCAGCAUGGUUUUCCUUGAAGAGCGGAGGAAGUGGACCUUACAGGAGAGAGAAUUCUGCCCUAAACUCCCCACAUGUGACUUGGCUUUUCUUUUUUUCCCUCUGCUCUUUGGUUUGGUUUUGGAAGACUUAAUUAAUCAGACUGUGUGUCCUGAGCAGGUUUUUAAGUAGCAGGUUAGAUUUUUGUGAUGAUACAAGGGAUGACACGUGCCUGAGCUUCUAAACUGAAGCCACAGUAUGAGGAAGAUAACUCUGAAGAGGCGCCUUCAUUGUCUCGGUUGCCGGUAGUACCUUGUGCUGCCAGAUAGCAAACCAAACAGCAGCUGCAGCACUGCAGGCUGUGUGCACAGCCUCUUGCAUGACAUUGUCCUCAAAGGCAUCACAGUUGGGGGUGGUUCACCUUGUUUGCCAGUGACAGGAGGACACCUGGCUGGCUUUCUGUCCAGCCUUCCAGCACAUGUACCCCUUUGAAGUAUAGGACCCUAAUUUCUCUAAAAAGUCAUUGAAUUUGUUAAUGGAUCUUGCAGUUCCACUCAGUGCCCUGAUUGCAGUUCACUCUCCUGCCCAGCCCAGCUCACCAGGCUGCCCAAGAAAGAUAGUGCUGCUAAUGCUGGUCCCAGCCCUCCUGUGUCCAAGAUGUUGUCAAGCAAGGAAAAUGCAGGCCCUGGACAUUAGUUGAUAUAUUUGACAUCUUAUGGUUGAGACUUCAGAUGCAUCAGUAAUCACUUGCCAGUCUGAUGUUAAGGUUUUCCUGUUGGUUAAAGAGACCUUUUCAGACAAGCCAGCUGGUCCAAGUGUGUGGCCAUUCGUGCGCCAGCAGCAGACUGGAAUUCUGGAAACUUGGUGCUGUUGGCUCUGCCUGCCCUUCUGGGCACUGGUAAGGACAGGCCUCAGCCUGGAGUGAACACAGUGGAGCCGGGGUGGGGUAGCCACUGAGUGUGGCUAUAGCCAUGGCCCUGGCUCCCGGGGGCCUCCAGUUUUUAGGUUAGAGCAGUUACUCUGGUGAUAGGACCAACAGGGUAAGCGUUUCUCACUCUCUUGAAUCAAGUGUUCCAUCAGGGAGGUAACCAUCAUAUUGAAGGAUCUUGAGAGUGUUGAGAUAUCACGGUCCAUUUUGUGGGCUGUUGCUGAUUAGUGGGAACUGUGGCUGCCUCCUGCCCAGAAGGUGCAUGUCCAUUGUGGCUGCCUUCCAUUCUGAGUCCAGCCAGCCCAGCCCAGCCCAUGACAGGUGGCACAUGGGUGGCAGGGUCCCUGUGCUCUGCCUGAAAGUGACCAGGUCUGAAUACAGAAUAUGGACUGUGUGCCUUGUUCAAAGUGGGCACACACCCUAAGGCCACACACCAGAUUUCGCUGAGAUGCUGGGCAGCUGUUAGUGACAGUAGUUGGCUCAAGUGUAAGAAGUAUAUGGCCAUAUUGGAAGCAAGGUUUCCUUUCAGCCAGAGUCCGAGCCCCCACAGACCUGGGUCUGCUCUGUAUUUCAGCCGCUGCACAUUCUCCAGGGCUGCCAGGAGAUUUGGAGCCUGAGAUGAGGCAAGCCCUGGGUUCUGAACUCUUGGCUGUGUGCCAGAAGUAGGACCCUUUCCACUUAGCACCUGAGUAGUUUUUUCAUAAAGCAGGGGAAUUUUUUUUUUUUUUUUCUUUUCCCCACACACUAAAUAGACAAAAAUACAGCACCCUGCCUUGGCUUUGGGCCUGGGCCCCUAGGGUCUGGAAGACUGCUUCAGAGGGGACUGGAAUCUUCCAGAGCUCUGCCCUCCCUCCUGGCGGGCUUCUUCUUCUCUAGGAUUGUUCAUUGUGGCUACUGCUCUGCUCCCCUGUGUGUCAGUGAAGAAAAUACAAGGAUGUUAAAUUAACUCUCUUGGGAAGAGAACAAAACAUGGAUGAAAGAGUAUUGACAGUUUGACUAAAAACUUAUCCUGAGAAGGAUCUCCAGCACAGGAGUCAUCCUUAUCACCUCUACCCAGCGUGGUGCCACGUGAUGACAGGUAACGGAGAGAAGAAGGCAUUGGCUGUCACUUGACAACUUGUCACCCAUAUGGGACACUUCCUAUGCUCUGUCCUGGAGCCCAGGCAGCUGGCACUGUGUUGACUUCUCCCCCAGCUGUGUGCAGGCCAGGCGGGCUCGGGCCACCGCCAUGGCUCAUGUAGUGUUUGCCCAGAGGAACAUUUUAUUUUUGAAAAGGGAUGAUGUGUUUUUGUGCCAGGUGUUUAUAAUUUAAUCCUUUAAUAAUAUUAUGUUCAUUAACCUCUUAAAAAUGAGUGAAUCCUUGAUUGUUUUAACACCUCACCCAAGACACCACUGAGCUCUCCCUCAGCUUCCAGAGGUCUGCGUCCCUGUAACUGCUGUCGGGUCCCUGAGCUGGGCGUGCGUUCCAACCGAGUAAAAGGACAGUCCUCUGAGACAGGGCAGUGGUCUCUGCAGGAGGAACAGUGGCCUUGCUUCUCAACGGUCUUCACUGUGUGUUUUAAAACGACAACAACACAACACAAAACUCUCUUGACCUGUAACUUAAAGAUCAUAAACUUCAGGCAAUAAUAUUUUCUGUGUAAGCUUUUAAAAUUAUUUUUGGGGAUCAUAGCUUGUUUUAUUUUGUGCUAUAAAAUUAACAGUAUUAAAUGACUUAUAUUCUUAGAAUACAUGGAGUGUCUUUCUUAACAGAUCAGUGCCUUUUUAUUUUUGUAUUCCAUUUUACGUUAUUGGUCCCAGCAUCAGACCCUUGUUUCCAUGGCCUGUUUGUACAUUGUCUCAAUAAAACUUGCAUCAGCCGGUGGUGGCAGCGGC